AUGGUAAUUGAAAAGAAAUCAAAAGAUAAUCUAAGACAAAAUUCAAAUGCAUUAGCACCAUCAAUUCAAAUUCAAGCUGCAAGUUUAAAUAAUAGUGAUGAUGAAUCAAGCGCCAAUAAAAAAAAUUCAGAUCCUGAUUUUGUUUCUUUUCCUACAAUAGCUGAUCCAGAAACUCAUAAUGAUACAUCAAUAUCUGGUUUAAUUUCAAAGACUUUUAGAAAAGUAACUACAAAUGCAACAAAUUUAGUUCAGAAUUAUUCACCAAAACAAAAUUCAUUUCAUGCAGAUGAUGAAAUAAAAUCCACUCACAAUAUUGAUAUUACUAAAGAUUUGGAGGAAAUGAACAAUGAUACCAUCGCUCAAAUCAAGGAUAUUCCAAAAGUUGAUAACACUGGAGAUACAAAAUCAAUUACAUCCACAGUUAAAAGUGUUCAUAAUACUGGUACCAAAGAAAAUAAAGAAUCCAAAUUUCCUAUGAGGCAUCAAAAACUAGAUUCUAUUACCUCAGAAAUUGACAUCAAAUCAAAACAACCAAGUGUUGAUGGGGAUAAAAUUCACCUACAACAACAAAGAUCAAAACUGAAUCAAGAUAAUUCACUGAUAGAUCUGUCCGCCAUAAGUGUCAACAAGAUUCGUAAAACUUUAUCGGAAGAUCAACCAAAAGUCUCAUCAGAUCAUAGAUCAUUACGUUUAUCUACACUACAGUUUCCAAGAAUUCAAACCCCAAACCCAAGUACUACGAGUUCAGUAGUUAAUGUUAAUGCUCAAGCCACCGUGGAUUCAUACGACUUAAAUGGAGAUGGCUUCAACCAAAAAAUUAACAAAAAGAAAAAUGAGCCACUACGAAGUAAAUCAUUAACUAGUAAAAUUUCAACUAUAUUUAACAACUUACCAAAUGAUAUAGAAUUAUCAGAUGAUUCAGCUUCAGAUCUGGACAAUAUGCAACAAACCAACACAGAAGCUUCUUCUCAAAUAACCAAAGAUGACGGAGAACCAUUUCCCAGUUCAACUAAAAACAACAGCUCCAUGCAACUUCAAUAUGAUUUAGCAUCACUUUAUGGAGAAACAAUUAGUAAACCAUCACCAGUUCAAGUCUCCAGCAAAAGAAAAUCAAUUGCAUCUUUACAUCUCAGUGAAUCACCAACAGUCACAUCUUUCCAUGCUAUACAAAAUAAAGAUCUUAAUGCAUCCAAAAAGAAAUCUUCAAAUUUUUCAACAUUAUUUUUAGAUAAUGCUAAAACCAUAAUUAAUCAAAACAUUGGCGCUGUAACAUCAUCUGCUUCAUCAAUAGUGGCAGCUAAAAAGAAGAAGAAAAAACCUAAAAAAGUUUCUGCAAAUCCUUUAAAAAAUGGUGGAAUACCCAAAAAAUACUGGAUGAAUGAUGCAUUUGUAUCAGAUUGUUUAAAUUGUUUUAAACCUUUCACUGCUUUUAGAAGAAAACAUCAUUGUCGAUUUUGUGGUCAAAUUUUUUGUUCUGAUUGUACGAUGUUCAUAUCAUAUACUCAACAUAAAGAUGAAAGAAAUAAUGUAGUUGUUAAAAAGCCAUAUAAUGAUAAAUUAAGAGUUUGUAAACCUUGCUAUAGUGACGUUAUCAUAUAUUUGAGUGAUGAUUCUUCAGGUUCAGACUCAGAUAAUGAAAAUGAUAAAACAAUUGAAGAAGAUGAUCAUAGUCGAAUUAAAAAUGAAGAUCUUUUAGUGCCCAACCAUCCACUUUCAAGAAUAAGGUCAAUGUCUACCAGUUCAUAUAAAGACUCAAAUAAUAACUCAAAUGCACCACCAGAAUCGGUAAAUUCAAGACCUAGUGAACAUGGGUCAAUCAGUGAUUCACCAUCUCGUGACAACAGUCAUUUCAUUUAUCCAGAUGAAUCCAUUAAAACAAAUCCAAAACAAGCUCCUCGUAUGGCAAUUCCAACAACAAGAGCUGGUGAAUCAGUAGAAAUUCCACUAACUAGAAAUUCUUUGAGUAAUGGUAAUCUUAUGAGACACCCAAUAAAUAAAUAUAGUUCAAGUUUUAAAGUUGAUACACUAGCUCAAAGAAGUACACCUCAAACUAAUCAUGUGGUAGGAGCACCAGUAACUCCAAUAAAUCACCAUUUUAGUAACAAUGCUCAUACAUUUGGUCAAAAUUCAAGGAAAAGUAACACCAAUUCUUCAAGUGGUAAAAAACCAGAUAUAUUAUCCAAUCACAGUUUUGAAAAUAUCAACUCCUUUUAUAAUAGUUAUGUUGGUAGGAAACCAUCAUUUAAAUUGAGAUCACAUUCAGAGAAAAGACAUAACAUAAAUGAACAAUUUGCUUAUAGAAAUGAAGAUGAAGAGGCAGAUGUUGAAGAUUCAAGUGAGAGUGAGAGUGAAAAUGAGGAAAUUAAUAGAACUAGGGGUAGAGGUAGAGAUCAAAGUGAUGAAGAGGAUGAAAGGGCAAUGUCGGUUUAUUCUUCACUUAAUGAUCAAAAUUUAUAUUCAUCUACGCCAAUAGGACCAAAUGGAAGUCAUUUAUAUAACUCUUCUUUGACAGUUCCAACAUUAGGUGAGUUUCCAUCUAUAAAAACCAAAUUUGCCGAUUCAAGAGGUCCCACCUCUCAAUACUCAAAUAUAUUUAACGGCAGCAAUGUUGGGUUUAAUGACUCAGCUAGACCAGAAACUUUAAGAUCAAGAGCAAGAGCAAAUGCUUCUUUACAAAGAAUGAGAUCUAGGAGACAGAGUAAAGCCACGAGAAAUGUACUGAUUCUAACUCAAAAUAUUUAUAGAUUACCGAGUUUGGAUUCACCAGUCCAAAAAAGUUUAACCACAAAUUUAUCACCAAUUUCCUCGCCAUCUUCACCAAUACCUGAAAGAGUAACUAGAUCAAAUUUGACAACUGCAAUCACUGGAAAUGAUGAAGAUUCUGGAUCAGACAUCAAUAGUGAAGAAUCAGGUCCUUCAGAAUCUGAAUUAUCACCUAUUGGACCAAAAAUAUCUACAAGCACUGCUUUAGAAGCCAAUGAUAAGCAAAAUGAUAAUGACAUAGAUUAUUUUUCAUACCAUCAACAACAACAACCUAAGUCAGAAGAAGAUUCACUGCAACAUAAUAAACAUCAAAUUGAUCAAGACUUGUUAUAUGAUGGACAUUUUUCAGGUUUAUUAAAGCAAUCAUUGGAUGAUUGUAAUGUGACUGAAAAUUCUGAUUUGUGGAUGUCAGUACUCACAAAAAUAUUAAAAGAAAUCAAUUACAUCAAAGUCACUGAUACAUUGGACAUUCGUCAAUAUGUUAAAAUUAAGAAAAUUCUAGGAGGUAAAAUAGAUCAGACUGAAGUAAUUGAUGGACUUUUUAUGACAAAUGAUGUGGAUUCUAAAAAAAUGGCUUCUGAUAUAAAAAAUCCAAGAAUUGCAUUACUUAUGUUCCCGAUCGAAUAUUUAAAACAAAGAGAACAAUUUAUAAGUUUAAGAAUCAUUCAUGCACAACAAUCAGUUUAUAUCACAAAUUUGGUUUCAAAAUUAGUUUCUUUAGAGCCUGAUAUUGUUGUAGUGGGUGAUACAGUCUGUGGGUUUGCGGAAAAACUAUUAGAAGAUGCAGGAAUUACAACAAUAUCAAAUGUAAAACCUCAAGUGAUAGAACGUAUUUCCAGAUAUACAAACGCAGAUAUUUUCCAGUCAGUUAAUGAUUUAUUUUUCAAGAAGGGGAACUUAGGUGUCUGUGAUGAAUUUAAAGUAAGAAGGUUUAAAUACGGUAACAAAACUAAAACUUUUACAUUUUUCACUGGUACAAAUAAGCAAAUGGGUUUUACAAUUUCUUUAAGAGGUGGAAAUGAAGAACUUUUGGAGAGUAUUAAAUAUGCGGCUGAAUCGUUAAUGCCGGGUUAUUUAAACGCAAGAUUUGAGAAAAGUUUAUUCAAUAAUAUGUUAUUAUCAUCUAUUAAAGCCGCUAAGGGCAAAGAAUUAAUUGAUAUUAAUGAAAAGACUGGAAAGUUACAAAAUGAUGAUCAAUUUAAUGCAAUCGAACCAAAGUUGGAUUAUAACGAGGUAAUUAAAUAUCUUGAUUCAUUCAACACUAGAAAAAUUAGCUCAUCUCCUUGUGUGCAAUUUAAUUUGCCAGUUCCAUUGGUCAAUGUCAUUGAAUCAUAUGUCAAAUACUUCAACUACUAUAAAACCAAUGCACGCAUUCAAGAGCUCACUACAACAGAAGAAAUAAACCCAAUAUGGAAAGAUCAAUUGAAAAUCACUUAUGAAGCUACUGAAUUACCAGCAAAAGAUACAGACUUGAUAAAAAUUUUGAGGUGCUCAAGUGAAUCUCAUUUGAACUUUUUGCUUUUGGAUUAUCAACUACGCUCUCGUAUUUGGUCAAAUUGUUUGAAGUAUACUUCUUAUCAAUUAUACCCAAUUUAUCACAGAAACAUUCAUAUACUACAUUCUACGGUAUCAAUUAAACAUGCUACACCUUGUACCGGACCAAAUAUUGUAGUGGUCGAUUAUUAUACUGAUAAUGAUAAAUGUUUAGGACUAUUUUUAGAUCAAAUUUUCUAUGAUAGUCAUAAGACUUGUAUUGAGUGUGGAGAAUUAUUAUUGGAUCACUACAAGAGUUAUGUUCAUGGAAAUGCAAAAAUUGAUUUAAUUACAGAGAAAUAUGACAUUAGAUUUAAUAGCACACAUGGUGAUGAACAUCAAGGUAAGAAUCAAAGAGUUAUGUGGAGUUAUUGUAAAGAUUGUAAUUAUAUAACACCAAUUAUGGCCAUGAGUGAUGAUACUUAUUAUAUGUCUAUUGGUAAGUACUUUGAAUUAAUUUUUUAUGGUCAAGAUACACAUGGUGGUUGUCAACAUGAUUUUUUCAAGUCAUAUGUCAAAUGUUUUGCAUUCAAUGAUUUGGUUGUUAGAUUGGAAUAUUCAAAAAUUGAUAACUAUGAAAUAAUUGUUCCUAAAAAGCAAUUGGAAUUCAUUACUGAUAUUGAUAUAGACUUGAAAUUGGAAUCGUACAAAACAAUAAAGACAAAAGCACAAACUUUUUUUGAUUCAAUAAUGAAAAGACUUAAUAGAGUUAAAUUGGAUACUUUUGUAAAAGCAAAAGAUGGUAACAAAAGAAUCAAGGAAUUAAAAGAAAAAUUAGCUAAUGACUCCAAACAAAUUUUUGCGAAAUUACAAAAAAUUUAUGAAGAAGUUAAGGUUACUAAUUAUUUACCUUUGAAUGUUGUGUAUAAAGAUUUACAGAAACUCGGGAUAUAUUGGGAUACUGAAUUUCAAGAAUUUGAGAAAAAAUAUUUACCAAGUGAAAACGAAGUUAAUAAAAUCACUCAAUUCCAUUUAAGAAAAUUUUUAAUGGAUAAAUAUAUUGAUGAUAAAGAAGUUGUGGAGAAUGAUGAUGAUAUUUGCGCUGACGAAGAAGAAGAAGUAGAGGAGGAGAAACAAAGAGACAAUCAAUAUGUUAAAGAACCAAGUCAUAGGUUUGAGAAUCCAGAUAAUGAAGAUCCAAGCAACGAGCAUGAUGAAGGACAAAAACUUCUUGAAUUACCAGAGUUUGUUCCCCACAAACCUCGAGAAAUGCUCGAAGGUCGACAAUCAGAUUCAUCUUUAGAAUUUAAAAUGUUUCCUGCUAAUUCAUUAUACGAGCACAAUUCUAAAAUAUCGGAUAGAAUACAUAAAUGGGAACAAAAUGCACAAGAUGUGGUUGGUAGUGGUAAUACAUCUGCGUCAGAAAUUAAAUCAUUAAGCCACAGAGGCUCAGACAGCUCCUUGAAGUCCAUGAAUACUGUUAUUCCAUCUCAAAAUAAAGUUAUUCAUUUAGCAAAUUUUUUCGAUAAAAUGUAUUAUGAUCAAAUUUCAUUAGAAUUUUCAAAACAAAGGGAAGUUGAGUUGAAAAAAAAAUCUAAAAUCAAAGCACAACCAAUCUUGGAUAGUAAACCAAUUGUUGAAAUCUACAAUAAGAUUGAGGAUGUUGUUGGUGGAUCUCAAGUUCCUCAAAAUGACAAUCUGAAAAGCACUAGCACUGCUGAAUUGAAAAAGUCUCUAGAUGGUGAGCAACAUGAAAAAGAAAAUCUCAACAUUGCUAAAAAUAAACAAUUAGAUAUUCCUGAAAAACAAUCAUUAUUAAAAUCAUUGACCAAUUUUUGGGCUGAUAGAUCAGCGACAUUAUGGGAUCCAUUAGCUUAUCCAUUGGAAAGUCAUGAACAUACAUUUGCUGAUUCAGAUGUCGUAGUAAGAGAAGAUGAACCAAGUUCUUUAGUUGCAUUUUGUUUAAGUUCAAAUGAUUACAAGCAAAAAAUCAAAACUUCAUUCGGUAAAAAUAUUGAGGUAUCAUCCACUACAGGUAGUGGUAACGAAUCUGAGUGUACUUAUACAUCUUCAUCAACAAAAGUGAAAUCAGAUAGUAACAAUAAUCGUCUUUCGUCUGAGAAUCACUUAAAUACUCCAAAUUUAAAUCAAGUGAUUGAAGAAACUGAACCUGAAAAUUCAGAAGACGACUAUAGAACCGAUGAUGCAAGAAAUUCAAAAGCAGACUCUGAUAAACAACAAGAUAAUUACAAAAAGGAGUUCUCUUUUGGUUUGAAUUCAAGUAAUCAGAAAAAGGCUCAACAAUUUAGCAAAAUAGAAAAGAAGUUCAAAACCAAAAGAAAUACCAAUUUAAAAGAUAACAAACAACAAAAUCAAUAUGAGUUUAUUUUGGAUAAGAAAAAAUCCAAUCACUUAAAAUAUCAAUUUUUUGAUGGACAAACCAAUUUAUCUUGUAAAAUUUUUUAUAGUGAACAAUUUGAAGCAUUAAGAGAAAUUUGUGGGGUUAACGAAAAUUUCAUUCAAUCAUUGAGUAGAUGUAUUAAAUGGCAAUCUAGUGGUGGUAAAAGUGGAUCAAGUUUCUUAAAGACUUUGGAUAAUCGUUAUAUUGUUAAAGAAUUAAGUAAAAGUGAAUUGGAAUCAUUUGUUUCAAUUGCACCAUUUUACUUCAAGUAUAUUAAUCAAUCAAUGUUCUAUACUUUAACUACAGCAAUAGCCAAGAUUUUUGGAUUUUAUCAAGUUGAAAUUAAGAAUAGCAAUGGUAAAAAUUUCAAAAUGGAUUUUUUAAUUAUGGAGAAUCUAUUUUACAAUCAUAAAACUACCCGUAUUUUUGAUUUAAAAGGUUCAAUGAGAAAUAGACAUGUUCAACAAACUGGGAAGGAAAAUGAAGUUUUACUUGAUGAAAAUAUGAUUGAAUAUAUUUAUGAAUCACCAGUAUUUGUAAGAGAACAACUGAAGAAAUUAUUACGCGGUUGUUUAUUCAAUGAUACUUCAUUUUUAUCAGCAAUGGAUGUAAUGGAUUAUUCAUUAGUUAUUGGAAUUGAUGAUAUGCUGAAAAAAUUAUAUAUUGGUAUUAUAGAUUGGCUAAGAACUUUUACUUGGGAUAAAAAAGUUGAAAAUUGGGUUAAAGGAAAUAAUUUAUUAGGUGUUGGUGGUAAUAGAAAAGGUAAAGAUCCUACAAUUGUUACUCCUAAACAAUAUAGAAUUAGAUUUCGUGAAGCUAUGGAAAGGUACAUUUUGGAGGUACCAGAUAUUUGGUACGAAGGUACAAAGUAA